GUGUACACAGUGUGUAAGUGAGAGAGAGGGGGUGUUUGUAUGGUGUUGCCCUCGUUAUUGGAAAUGCUGGGGUGUCCAGCGAGAUUAUUUUUGGAUCAGUGACAGCGUGUCAAUGGCUGCAGAUGCGUCGCAAAGGAAGGCUCUGAGAUACCAACAGACUCUGCUGUACGGCGAGUACAGGGAGCAGCUGGGGAACUUUGCCAGACGGGAGGCUGCCCGUUUGCUGACAGAGAGACAAUGGAGGAGGAGACAGGCGGGGGACAACGCCACGGCCUCGGGCCGCAGAGGCCUCGGCCGACGGCAUCCCCACCACCACCACCACCACCACCAUUCUCAUCAUCACCCUGUGACCCUGGAGUCAAUCCACAGCCACACGUCAUCCACCAAGAAGCCUCGUUCCUACUCCAAAUGCCAAGAUUGUUUGGCCCGUGUUCGGCGGUACAUCGUGAACAAGAUGGGGGAGGACUGGAUUUUCCUGGUUCUUCUGGGCCUGACUAUGGCUCUGGUCAGCUGGAGUAUGGACUAUGCCAGUGCCAAGAGUCUGCAAGCCUAUAAGUGGAUGCAUGGAGAGCUUAAGGGCAACGUGGCACUCCAGUACCUCGCCUGGGUCACGUACCCCAUGAUCCUUGUCAUGUUCGCCUCGCUCUUCUGUCACCUGGUUUCCCCACAGGCCAUCGGUUCUGGAAUCCCAGAGCUGAAGACAAUUCUUCGAGGUGUUGUCCUGAAGGAGUAUCUAACGCUGAAAGCCUUCGUAGCCAAAGUUAUCGGCCUGACUGCUGGCCUGGGCAGUGGCAUGCCAGUGGGCAAAGAGGGUCCAUUUGUCCACAUUGCCAGUAUCUGUGCUGCAGUGUUGAGCAGAUUCAUGUCCAUCUUCUCUGGAGUCUAUGAGAACCCUUAUGGUUACACAGAUAUACUGACUGUUGGCUGUGCUGUGGGAGUGGGAUGCUGUUUCGGCACUCCACUAGGAGGGGUGUUGUUCAGUAUUGAGGUCACGUCUACCUACUUUGCAGUGAGGAAUUACUGGCGGGGAUAUUUUGCCGCCACAUUCAGCGCCUUCAUAUUCAGGGUGCUCUCUGUUUGGAACAAGGAUGCUGUCACAAUCACAGCUCUCUUCAAAACUAACUUCAGGAUGGACUUUCCCUUUGACCUGCAGGAGCUGCCUGCGUUUGCAAUAAUAGGGAUCUCAUGUGGCUUCCUGGGGGCGUUCUUCGUCUACCUGAACAGGCAGGUGGUUCUCUUCAUGAGAAGACCGACAGCUCUAACACGCUUCCUGACCAAACAUCGACUGAUUUAUCCAGGUGCUGUGACUCUGAUCAUCGCCACCCUGACGUUUCCUCCUGGAUUUGGACAGUUCAUGGCUGGAGAGCUGAUGCCCAGAGAGUGCAUCAACUCCCUGUUUGACAACUUCACCUGGACCAAAAUCUCAGGAUCUCCUUCUCCGCUUGGCCUGGGACUUUCCUCAGCGUGGCUGCAUCCUCACGUCAGUGUAUUUGUCAUCCUCAUCCUUUUCUUUAUCAUGAAGUUCUGGAUGUCAGCAGUUUCCACCACGAUGCCCAUUCCCUCAGGUGCCUUUAUGCCAGUGUUCAUAUUAGGAGCUGCUUUCGGUCGCCUCGUAGGAGAGAUCAUGGCCACUCUAUUCCCUAACGGAAUCCUGUUUGAUGGGAUAGUCUACCGCAUCCUGCCGGGAGGUUACGCUGUCAUUGGAGCGGCUGCAAUGACAGGAGCUGUCACACAUACAGUUUCCACAGCAGUAAUCUGCUUCGAGCUGACAGGUCAAAUCUCCCACAUCUUACCCAUGAUGGUGGCAGUCAUCCUAGCGAACAUGGUGGCCCAGGGUCUGCAGCCGUCUCUCUAUGACUCCAUCAUCCAGGUGAAGAAGCUGCCCUACCUGCCUGAGCUGGCACUUGGGCACAUCAGCAAGUAUAACAUCUUUGUGGAAGACAUCAUGGUGCGCAAGGUGAAGUUCUUGUCUUCUCAGUCCACUUAUCGACAAUUAAACCAUCUGCUUGAGAGCACAGCCCUGAAAACCAUCCCGCUGGUCGACUCCAGAGAAUCCAUGAUUCUUCUGGGCUCCAUAGAGAGAACAGAACUUCUGGCCAUCUUUGACUGGUGGCUGUCACCAGAGAGGCGGAUCUUUGAAACAGGUCCCAGUUCACCGGGCCAGGGCUGCAAAGUGAGCUGGGAGUCCUUCACCUUUGUUGAUGAGGAGGGCGGAGAGGAGAGUGCAGACAAGGCCUCUCCAGUUCAGGAGGAAUGCAAUGGGCCGAUCCCGUCCCCGAAACCUCAAGAGGACUCCAGCAACCACGCAGGCUCAGACCAGGGCAAGCUGCCAUCUGUCAGGAGAGCCCUUCAGAGACUCUUCUCCUCAACGUCUUCAUCAGGCCAAACUGAAACUCAGAACACCACGCCCCCUGCACUGGCUGACACCAUGUCACCAGAGGAGAUCAAAGCCUGGGAAGAGGCAGAGCUGGACAAACCAAUCGAUAUGGAGCAGAUACGUAUAGAUCCCUCCCCAUUUCAGCUGGUGGAAAGAACAUCUCUGCACAAGACCCACACUCUGUUCUCUCUGCUGGGUCUCAGUCACGCCUAUGUCACCAGUAUUGGAAAGCUGGUGGGUGUUGUGGCUCUGAAGGAGCUGCAGAAGGCCAUAGAGGGCUCCACUCGUAGCGGGGUGAGACUUCGUCCCCCUUUCGCCAGCUUCAGAGACGCCAGCAGGAAAACCAAGAAGCACCAGCCUCCCUCGUCCACCCCUUCCUCCCCCACGAGAGACAAAGACAUGUGGGGGGAGGGGAGCAGACAUGAGGGGGAGAUGGUGAGGAAGGAGUCUGAAGAGGACUUUGGAGGGAAAGCGUCGUCUUCUACAGGAGCCGUAGGUUGUGACACUGCUCCUUCCUCACCUAGCAACGAGGAGAGCAAUGGCGGCAGCUCCUCGGUCACGGGAGGAGACAGUGAGCCUCCUCAGGAGCCACCGUCCCCUUCUAUCACCUCCCCUACCUCAGAUUCACCUCCUGCCUCCCCCGUGUCGCCCACCAAUCCUGUCCUCACGCUGUCUUCCUUGCAUGAGGCUGGAGAAAGUGAGGAGUCAGAUGAGCCCAUAUAGGAGGACUGGGUUUAGAAGAAAAGACUCUCGUCUGAUUUCACUCACUUUGUCCCUGAGACAGAGCUGCUGUCUGGGUAGAGGAGUCGGCUCGACCUGCAGCCCUCACAGAACUCUCAGCUCUUAGCAGCAGGUGCACACAGCGCUCCUGACACUUGCAGUACAGGAUGUUUUUCUACUCUUACAAUGAUCUCACUUUUUCACUCUCAGGCUUCUUUCUUUGUCUUUUGAACUGCAGAUGGACAAACAUAUCCAGUCCUACAUGUCAGUCACGUUAACACUGUCCAUCCAUAUCCUGGAAAUGUUGAAUGUAACUAUACGUCACAUGUACUGCUGUCUGAUCAUUUCAUUAACUGACAGCAAUGAAUUGUAUGAUAAUGAACUAAUACAUUGAUGAAGACUUAAUGAAUUUGACCGCAGGGUUAAAAACAAUCAUGCAUUAAAGUUUACUGAUUGAAGAUCAUUUUAAAUUAUAACUUUUGCUGUAUAGCAAAUAUUCAAGUCAUUUUUAGAAAUAAUAAAUAUUAAACCUGUCCACUUAUUUUAAUCAUUCAUAUUACAAAUGAUGACGAGCAACAUGCGGACAUUUACUUUUUGGCAUUGAACACAAAGUACUGAGACUGAUGGUAAGUAAAGGGAAAGUUAAGGAGUGGAGGGUUAUGUGGGUUACUUAUGUGGGUUAGUUAGUUUUAGAGUAAACAGUGGUGAACGUUCUUCCUGUUUGGAGAGAGAUAUGAUGCAACUGGAACAUAAGUUACACAUUAUUUUGAUUUGAAUGGGAACAUCUGAGAAAAGCCCUGUUAAAAAAAGGUCUACCUGCUAUAUUUGGAAAACAUUCAGUGGUUUACUGGGCUGUCAGACUUGUGCCUGUGCAUGUGGGAAUAAGUUGAGAAAAUCAAGUGCUAAGAGAAUGGUUGUUUGACAGCAUUUCAAACCACUGAAUUUAUUCCAAAUACAGCACAUAGACAGGAUGUUUUAUUUAAGCUGGGCUUCGACAACAUGUUCUCACUGCUGUUCCUGUUCACAUCAAAACAACAAGCACAUCAUGGUUCAGUUCUCCCUCUGCAAACAGGCAGUGACACUGAACCCACUGACUCUACUCUCACACACCUUUCUUUAUGUCUUUAUUGAAGUGAGAUUCUUUAAGGAUGUUGAUUCAAAAUGACUUCAGCCACGUGUGAAUGGUAGGGUCUUAUUGAAUUUGGCGAAUCCAUUACAUGCAAAUUCACAUCCCUGAAAAAUGAAUUUGUGAAGUGAAUGCUGUAUUUCUACCGUUGUUCUUGCAACUGUUGUGGCGAUAAAAUAACUGUCUUUCAAAGAGGUGGAGGUCUGUGGCCUCACUGCCAGGGUAAUCCAUUGAAAUUAUAAUUCAUGAUAUGUU